AUGAAAGGUUGGGUCGGUGGAAAAAGUUUUGGUGAUUUGUUUUUAAAAGACUAUUUGUUUUUUUUGGGUCGUUGGAAAAAAUGGUUGGUUGCUAAGGAAGUUUGUGGUGGUAUUUUAUGGACUAGGGAUGGUUCACAAUUUGAUAUACAUACCGGUGGUAUUGACUUGGACUUUCCGCAUCAUGAUAACAAAACAGCACAAUCAAAAGCUUAUUUCGAUCCUGAUUCAUGGGUGAUUAAUUUUCUCCACAGUGUUCAUUUAACAAUAGGUGGUUGCAAAAUGUCAAAAGCAUUAAAAAAAAUUGUAACACUUCAACAAGUGCUUGAAAAAUAUGGUCCAACAAAAAUUCGGUUAUUAUUUUUAUUACAUUCAUGGUCAACAACAUUCGAUUAUAGUGAUCAUGAAAUGGAAAAAGCUUCAAAUUAUGAAGAAACACUUAAUAAAUUUUUUUUCGAGGUUAAAACACUUUUAUAUUCAAUCGAUGAUUCAAAUAAUUCAAAUACCUCUACUAAAGAUAAUGAACGUGAUUUAAUUUUAAAUAAAGAUUUUUCAACAGCUGAAAAACAAAUUAAUCUCGCAUUAUGUGACUUCAUUGAUACACCAAGUGCAAUGGAAAAUAUCCGACAAUUAAUGUUAAAAACAAUUGCUUAUAUGAAUACAAAAAAUGUAGCCGUUAAUUGUCUUUUAUUACGAAAGAUUGCUGCUUAUAUAACACGUUUAAUUACUAUAUUUGGUUUACAUGAUUCUGUAACAUUUGUUGAUGAUAUUGGAUUUAGUCGAUCAACUGAACAACAAGCAUCAACAAUAAAUAUGGAAAAUAUAGUUAUGCCUCAUGUUGAACAAUUUGCUUCACUUGAUGAUGCUGUACAUACACAAAAAAUUGCAGGUAAAAGUAAGAUUGUUACAUCUGGUGAUCGUGUUAUAGGUCAACUUUUAUCUGAAUCAGGUGUUCGACUUGAAGAUCAAGAUGGUACAAAAAAAGCUACAAUUAAAUAUUGUCAUCCAGACGUAUUAAAAUCGGAAUGCAAACAAUAA